AUGUUAUUCAAAUCAUUAAUUUCAUUAACCACCGUUGAAAAAUCAAACAACAAAAUCACAAUUAAUAGCCAAGAAUCCUCUUCUUUAUCAUCAUCAUUAAAUCAAGUAACUGCAACCAAUAAAUUGUAUAGUGGUGCUAUGUUUACAAGACCAUAUAUGUGUAAUUAA